AGAGAAGGUAGAUCAUAGUUCCCGAUCCACCCCCAGUCCAGCAGUUGGCGGUAGUGCACCCAUUCGUUGUUUUCCAACCACCAAUAAAAACCCACGAAGAAGACGAAGGAAAACAACAUGGCGGCGCCCUCAGAACACGUUGAAGCCGCUGCCUCAGAGACAGAUCCUCCUGAAAGGGACGAAAAAGAAGCCCCAGAAACCACUGAAGACCCAGAUACCUUAGACUCAGACCAGGAUGCUCAGGAUCCAGACCCGGAUCAGGAUGAGGACGAAGAGGACCCCCCAGAACCAAAGAUCCGAGACACCCCCCAGGACAUCAAGCUGGAGGCGAUCGCCAACACAGUGGCUUUCCACCCGAGCCGGGACGUCCUGGUCUGCGGCGACAUAGACGGGGACGUGUACGCGUACUCCUACUCCUGUACAGAGGGGGAGACUAAGGAGCUGUGGUCCUCAGGACACCACAUGAAGUCCUGCAGACAGGUCCGGUUCUCCUCGGAUGGACUGAAGCUCUACAGCGUCUCCAGGGACAAGAACGUCCACCUGCUGGACGCGGAGAGGGGUCAGCUGGUGACCCGGAUCCGGGGGGCCCACAACGCCCCCAUCAACAGUCUGCUGCUGGUGGACGAGAACAUCCUGGCCACUGGAGACGACGUGGGCACCCUGAAGGUGUGGGACAUGAGGAGGGGGACGUCCUUCAUGGAUCUGAAACACCACGAGGACUACAUCAGUGACAUCGCCGUAGACCAGGCCAAGAGGAUCCUCCUCACCACCAGUGGUGACGGCACCAUGGGCGUCUUCAACAUCAAGAGGCGGCGGUUCGAGCUCCAGUCUGAGUCCCAGAGUGGCGAUCUGACGUCGGUGGCGUUGAUGAAGCGGGGCAAGAAGGUGAUCUGCGGGUCCAGCGAGGGGACCAUCUACAUCUUCAACUGGAACGGGUUUGGAGCCACCAGCGACCGCUUCGCCAUUCAGGCCGAAUCUGUGGAGUGCAUCGUGCCCGUGUCCGACAACAUCGUGUGCACCGCCUCCAUGGACGGGUACAUCCGAGCCGUCAACCUCCUCCCCAACCGGGUCAUUGGCUGCAUCGGGCAGCACGUCGGCGAACCCGUGGAGGAGCUCGCCACGUCCUGGGACAAACGCUUCCUGGCCAGCUCCGCCCACGACCAGCUCAUCAAGUUCUGGGACAUUUCCAGUUUACCGGAUACGACGGUCAACGAAUACCGGAAGAGGAAGAAGAAGCACGGUCGCAUGAAGUCUCUCACGAAGAAAGCUCACGGGGACAACGACUUCUUCUCUGGACUUGUGGAGGAAACAGAAAAGAAAGAGGGAGAAGAAGAAGAGGAGGAGGAGGAGGAGGACGAGGAUGACAGCGACAGUGGCAGUGAUUAAAGACCUGUGUUUAAUAUUUGAAUGUUUGUAAGUCUGACUUUUGGACAGAUGUUGAACGUGAGUUCAUGUGAUGUUGGAUCAUCCAAAGUGCCUCACUCAGAAAGACUCUGAAGGAACUCUUACAGACUCACGCUGGUGUUGAACCCUGAUCCUACGAGGUCUGACAUCUGAGCGUAACCAGUCAGACAGUUAAAGAAUGGAAACACGCACUAUGUAAUGGUUGGGUUAUAAAACCAGCACAGUCCUCUGGUGUUGCCCAAAUGUUAAUACCAAUACUGGAGGUUUUGGGCUAUGCUCCAUGGACAGCUGCUGAACACUGUUUCAGUUCAUAUCCAGAUAAUUCAGUAUAAUUAUCUGUACCAUUAAAAAAAGAUACAAUACAUGUCCAUGUUUAAAACCAACCAGCAGAGGAACAUUUCAGUUUCAGGUGUUUCCUGUGUGUCAUUAAAAUGUUCUUAAAUAUACAUGUGUUUAUAUUUAAAUGACACCAAAAACAUUUUACUGUAACAUUAUAUUAAUACUUAUUUUUUGAACUGCUUUGUCUACACGCCCAUUGACUUAGAUUAAAAUGUCAAACUUGCUGAAGACGUCCUUCUGUCUGGACAAGAUGAACUGCUUUAAUUAUUUUGGUAUUUUCUACAAGUAAACAAGACAAACCUG